AAAUGUGGUCACACUGCCAACUCUAGAGCAGAAACAAUAAGAAAGUAACAUAUACUGAAUAAAAAAGUGAAAUUUGUGCAAUAAAUAUGGACAAACUAACAACAAUAAGUGCCACGCUGUUCAUGGCCGCCGAUGUGUUUGCCAUUGUGAGUCUGGCGCUGCCCGAUUGGAUCAUUACUGAGGAAGCUGGUGAUAUACGUCUCGGCUUAAUGUGGACUUGCAUGACGCUGUACAACAGGCCACAAGUUUGCUAUACGCCCGAUCUGCAGCCCGAAUGGCUGAUCGCACUCGUGUGCAUAUUCAUUGGUUGCAUCUGCAUCACAACAACCAUAAUAUUGCUGGCAUCGAGCACCUGGGACCGCAACGUUAUUCCAUAUGCACGCUGGGUGGGAUUUGCGGCAAUGGUUCUAUUCUGUAUGGCGGCCGUUGUUUUUCCCCUCGGAUUUCACAUCGAAGAGAUUGGCGGACAGGCCUACCAAUUACCGAAUACGUUUAAAAUUGGCAUCUCAUAUAUAAUGUUUGUACUGGCGCUAUGGAUAACUGUUGUCUCGGAGCUUUUCGCAGGCAAAGUGUGUUUGCCCCACUUUUAAAUCGAAGAUCUCCACAAAAAACAUAUAUCGAAUUAUGAAUGUAUAUAUAAUGUGUGCUCGAAUUAGUUGUUAGAUACGAUUUGUUCGAAUUAGUUUCUGUGAUUUGUUACAUGUUUUGUUUAUUUUUUUCUUGUGUACUGUUCAUAUAAAUAUCUGUAUAUAUGUAUAUUCAUUAACAUUGAUGCCAUCUGAGAAACACUAUUCCAGUUAGACACAAUUAAUGAAAUCUCGUUAGUAUUAAGUAUGUUUUUAAUCUUGCUUUUGUAUCUAAUUUGUAUGCUUUAAAAUACGUAUUAUUUUCAUAAACAUUAAAAUAACAUUUUGAUCACAUA